UAUCACAGCCCUUACCUGGCUGUGUGUGUUGUGCAGACACACCCGUCUACUCCAUAUCAGCCAAUCGCUGCUUCAAGACAGAGACACCAAGGAGGUGUACUUCCUGUGUUUCACGAGAGAAGAAUGGGGCAGGAGAGAGGAGAGACUUUUGGACUUUAUUUUGCCAGGGGGGGUCCACACAGGCGAUUACGUCGAUAGUAGAAGGGAGGGGAAAGGACUGAAGUAGUGGACAGACCCGGUGGACUUUUGGCUGAUUUAUUAGAGAUCUCCCAGUUCAGCAACAGCCACUGAGAGGACAAGACAGAGAGAAGGAGGAGGGGAAAGAUAAGUGUCAAUCUGUUGAAACUUGUUUGGGAAUUUGAGAAAGGAGGGGAGGUGGAGUGAGAGAGAGGCAGCAAGAGGGAAAAGCAAGAAGAGUUCAGGCGUAAACAUUAAGUUUUUCACAGGAGUUCACGUAUUUAGAAAAGAAAAAGGCAGAGUUGAUCUGUUUGAGAAAACAGGAGGACAUUUAUUAUGUAUGUCAACUAGACAAUGUGAACACAGGGAAUGAAUUCUUAUGUGUUGUGCAAUCUCAUGCUUUUGAGCUGAGCUGGACCAAGGGGGGGUAGACUACAGAUCUCCCCAGGACACAACAUUCAGGUUCUCCCAAAUUAUGAUACAAUGGGGACCAAAAGGCCCAGCUGCACCCUCCUUGACACUAACAUAAACACAUCUGACCGCAAGCUUCAACCAGGUGGAAAAAUCUCCCGGGAUCCAAGUCCCAGGCCAGCGAUGACCGCCCAGUCGGAGCGAGAGAGAGACAGCAACCGAGAGGAAGACUGGAGGAGGGAGAGAGAAACGGAGAAAAUGAGGGACAAAGCCAGAUACAAAGACACAGACCCGCGGGAUAGAUACUAUGAAAGAGACCAAGGUCCUUCACCCCGGCCAAGACAGGGUGAAAGAGAGUGGAGGGAGAGGGAAAUGAGGCAAGGGGAUGACAGAGGCAGAAACGGGAGGCCGCUGUCACAUCAAGUGAAGGAGACUGACAGAGAGGUAGAGAGGAGGGUGAAGAAAGGUGACACAUUUCCCAGAAUGAGAAAAAGCAGCGCAGAUCGUGGCAGAGGAAUGGCGUCCACCACUGAGGUGUAUGAAGAGAGGGGGGAAAGGAGGCCAAGAGACAGGCCGAAAAGACUAGACCCAGAUGACUGGGAGAGGGAGAGGUACAGAGAGAGGGAAAGAGAUGAGAUCCGAAGCAGGGGAAAGGAAAAGGGACAAAACACUGGAAGGAGGCCUGUGGAAGAUGAGAAAUCCCGAAAGAGGUAUCAGGAGUCUGAUGCUGGUUUUCAAGACAGGAGAAGAGAAGUGGACAGACAAGAGCGGGAUGAGGCUAGAAAAACAGAAAGGCUGAGGCCUAACAUGGGAGAGAGGGAGGCCAGAGUGCCGUCUCCACUCAGGAGAAGAGACGGAGAGAUCCACUCAGAUAGGAGAGAGAGAAGGAGGGACACCAGGAGCGAGGGAGACAGUGACGAAAGAGAGCUGCAGAGGGAAAGAAUGAGGGACAGAGAGAGGCAGGAGUUGACAUAUCAACACAGCAGAAGCGAGGGGGACGACAAGGGCAAAACGUGGGACAGAGAUCGAGAUAGGCAGGGACACAGAGACGAGGACAGGCAGAGACACAGAGACAGGGACAGAGAAGGGGAUCGAUCCAGGGGGAAGGGAGGGGAGAAAGAUAAGGAGAGGUACAGGGACACUGACAGGAGGGCACCGAGGGUGGACGACAGGUGGAAGGACAGUGCGAGAGACUUGAAGAAUGACAGAAGGGAGGGAGACGUACACAGAGAGCAUGAGCAGAGGAGAGGCAGGGAAGGAAAGGAAAGAAAGGCCGAUCCGAGGUGGGAUGAUACAAUAGGCAGAAGUAGCAGAUCCCAGAAUAAGACGGCCCCUAGGGUGCCGCCACGAACCCAGAGCAGCGGAGAGUGGAGCAGCGACAUGGACAGCGAGGUGAGACAUAGGAGAGGCAGAGACAGUUUUGAGGAGAGGGAGUCGGGGAGGGACAGCACUGUUGACAGUGACAGAGACAUAGAAGAACAGAGAAAUACAGCUGCUAAAAGGGAGCCAAAAAGAAGUGAGAGAGACAGAGGAGAAAUGACGACACAGAGGAGGAUGUGGUUAGAGCCACAGAGGGGCAAGAAUAGUAAAGACGAAUUUGUAGACAGAGAGAGACACACAAGGGAGAAGGAGAGGAGGAGAGAAGAAGAGAGGAGUGCAGAGUCACAGGGUGAGUGGAAAAGAGAGGGACGGCGAGUAAAAGAGGAACCAGAUGAGAGGUCUUUGGGCCAGAGCAGUUACAGAGGGAGACAUGAAGGGUGGACUGAGCACAGGGGAGGCAUAGAGACUGAGACAGAGGGUGUAAGUGUAGAUGGGGACGAGGUGGGUGAAGUCUGGGGAGAAGUAGAUAAGAGAGGGAAGGAAGAUCUGUCUGACAGUGAUGGAGGGAUAGAGGGAAGCAGGCAGAGGGAUGUGGAGGGAGAGAACGUAACAGAUAACACAGAGGAGAGUGACAGAGAGGAAGGGGGUGGCAGCGAUUCUUGCGCCCGCUCUGAGAGUGAAGGAGGAAGUGAGACAGGGUGGAGGCAAGAGAGAGACAGAAUGCUGUCAGGAGAGGAGAGCUUUGUGACCUUGUCCAGCGGCGGAGACGAAGAAGGGGAAGACGGGGAGUUUGUGGACUGUCAGGAGUCCUGGGAAGGUGGGGUGGCAUACGAUGGCUCCUCAAGGCCAUCGUAUGCCACCAAGGGGUACGAGGGAGACGAGGAGAGGGAAGAGGACUGGGCAAUAGGAAAGGAGGAGGUGGCCGAUGAUGAGGAAGAAGGGAAGGAGAAGAAGCCAAAGUAUGUCAUCUGUUUGAUUGGGCAAACGCUGCCCAGGUCAGAAACCAAAAAGCAGUCCGAUCACAUGGGAGGAGACAAUCCAAAUAUAGACAGUCGUCAUCACUGUAGUGAUGAGGCCACACAGCAACCUCAGCAUGACCUGCAUCUGACACUGACUAGAAAUGAUGAAAGCCCGGUCAUCAACAACCAGAACACAGAAGGCAGGAGUGACGUGCCAAAGGAGGAAAGGCUGACCACAGGAGAACAUCGCAGAGAGACUAAAGAGGGAAAGAGGAGCAAAGAGGAGCACCCGUACGCCGAAAUAGGGACGAUUAAAAGAGACUCACAGACUGAAAAACUCCUUACACAGUGGAGAGAGAAAAAUAAAGAAGAGUUGGAGCAAACCUCGCCAAUCCCAAGUAAUCCAUAUGGCGAUGUUUGUCCUGAGGUGAAUUUUAAAGACAUUCAACCCAUCUUGGAAAGGAUUGACACUGGAGCAAUGAGUCCUGAAGAGUUGGAGGCCAUUAAGAUCCGACUAAGCGGGGCAUGGAGCAUGUCUGAGGAGCCCAAGCGGCAUUCCCAAGCCCCCCACCUUAAAUGGGCCAAAAGUGUGGUGCGGGAGAUUCUGGGACGCUCAGAGGAAGCUGUUGAUGAACCUCACGCAGAGGUAGACCAAGGGGUCGACCAGUCCGAGACAGCUAUCGAGAACGACCAACAACAGCAGGAGGCAGCAGAAGAGACUCUUAAGUCAAGCACGGAUGAACAGCACUCAGAGCCAGAGCUGGAGGAGGAGGAAGAGCCGUCGGAGGGACUAAGAGGUAUGGAGCAGAGCCAAGCCGACAUGCAUGCUGACCAGUUCCCAAAUAUGCAUGGUGACACACCCACAUACACUCAUGCUGACACACUGUUAGACACAGAAGGGAAGGAGGAUCACAGUAUGGACAAAGAGACUGAGCCAUCUGGUCACCUUCGGUUAGAAAAGGCAGCUGUAGAGGGGGAUAGUAGUGAGGAGGCAGGUGAAUUAUCAGAACGAGAAAAAGAAGCAAACAGAAAAAAGGAGGUGGAGAUGUAUUUAUCUGUGAGCAGCACGCUGUACAAGCCCAGCAGCUGCCCCAUUCUGAAUUAUGACUCUAAGUCUGACCUCCCCAUUCCCUCCACAGAGGGUGAGGGCCAGGAGGUGGAAGACAGAAUGGUUGAAAGUGAAGACGAAAGUCAGGGAGAGGAGCCUGAGGAGGGAGAUGCUGCAGAGGAGGUGGGAGAGGAAACUGGGGUGGAUGGCAGAGGGGGAAAGGUGGUCGCAGAAAGUAAAAAGGGGGCGACUGUGACGAGCAGCUGCAGCUUCCGAGAUUUGGGCCCUGAGGCCCGAAUACGAAGAAGGGGAAUCCGUAAAACCACUGAAAGAAGAACUGGAGGGCUUUUAGAAGUGGAUGAAGAGGAAGGUGUUGGAAGGGAUCGCAGAACCAGAAUAUUCUCUACUACAGAUGAUGAGGAUGAUCGAAGCAAAAGCUGGGGAGAAGUGGAGCUGAGGAAUGUUUUGGAAACAAUGGGCAGACGGAAGAGGAAUUCAAGGUUUUUCAAUGCUGCCCAGCUUUACCAGCAGUACAGCGAGGCCGCGCAGAACUUUGAGAUCCUGCUUCAGGCUCGCUCCGAAGUCACCUCUGUGUCCGAGGACACCACCGCGUCUCCUGCGCCCUCACCUCCUCCUGCCCGCAGACCUCUUCCUCCCCUGCCACCUGUCCCGCAUCCUCACUCCUUGGCCCACACAGGCUCUAUCACCAGUGUUAGAAGCUUGCCUCUUCCCGAGCGCCCCAGAAGUGAAGGCAGGCCUUCCUCCCCACGUCUGUCCAUCUCUCUCACACAGUCAGCCACACUGUGGCGGGACCUGCCGGGGGUCAGGAACAGUGUUGAGCUGGAGGAGCUCACGGAGGACCAGAGGAGACUGCAGGAGGUGAGAUUUGAGGUGGUGACCUCAGAAGCCUCCUAUUGCCGGAGUUUGGACAUUGUUGUUUUACAAUUUGUCAAGUCCAAACAGCUGGGGGCACUGUUGACCACUCAGGAUAGGAACUGGCUGUUUUCCCGGCUUGCUGACGUUCGUGCCAUCAGCCACAGUUUUUUAUCAAAGCUGGAGGAGCGGGUGGAAUCAGACAUGAUCAACUUCACUGUGUGUGACAUCAUCGCUCGGCACUGUCAGCGCUUCAAAAUGGUUUAUGUGCCCUACCUCACCAACCAGUCCUAUCAGGACGCCACCUACCAGAGACUCAUGAAUGAGAAUGCAGGGUUCAGGCGGAUUGUGGAGAGUUUAGAGAGGAAUGAUGUUUGUCAGAGGCUUCCUCUUCGUUCCUUCCUCGUCCUUCCCUUUCAGAGGAUCACAAGAAUUAAGCUGCUGGUCCAGAACAUUGUGAAGAGAACGACCCCUGGUACUGCGGAGGCGACUCAGGCCAUCAAAGCUCUGAGACUUCUGGAGAAGCUGAUUCAAGAGAGCAACGACAGCAUCACUCAGAUGAAAAGCAUCGAGUCGCUGGUCUGUCUCAGUGCUAAGGUGGACUUUGAGUGCAGGACUCUCCCUCUGAUCAGUCAGUCUCGGAGGCUGGUGCGAGAAGGGCCGGUCACUGAACUGAUGGAUUUCUCUCUGAAGGACACAGAGAGGAAAAUUUAUUUGCACCUCUUCAAUGACUAUUUGCUACUCUCACUACAGAAAGAAGGGGGAAGGUUUACAGUAAUAGACCACGCUCCUGUAUCAGACCUGCGUGUCGAGAACUGUCGUGUCAAGCUUCACUCGCUCCAGAAGAACCUUUUCCGGCUGCAUUUGACACAAAAGGCCCUGCUGCUACGGACUGACACACAGAGUGAUAAGCUACGCUGGAUAUCCGCUCUUUCCCGGCCGCAUUCUGAAGUUGAUUUUUCUGCUGCACAAGAUUUUCAACAGAUGCAAUGUAUGCGAGCAUUUGUUGCUCAGCAGCCUGAUGAGCUGUCAUUGGAAAAAGCUGAUAUAAUCCUAGUGCAUCAACAGAGCAGUGACGGUUGGGUGGAGGGGACCAGACUGUCCGAUCGGCAUCGUGGAUGGGUGCGUGAGAGCCAUUUGGAAACCAUAACCAACAGUAAAGUCAAACAACGCAACCUGUCAGAUGCCCUCAAGCUGACGACGGCCACAGCUGCUGUGUGACAAGGACCCUUGGACUAAACAGUGGGACGUCAUGAGACUCUCGGUUGUCUUCUUCAAACUGCUGGAAAUUGGACUGUGGACAUUCAGUGCUCCAAAUGGGGAUUUCCAUCAUAGAAUUGUUCACAAUAGCGCAGCAACUGAAAUGCUGUAAGAAUGCAUCUCAGUGUAGCAUUGGGUCUCACUUGUUUCAAUGGGUGGAGCAAUGCCUUAGAGCCAUGUGUGGACUGCUGAGGCCUGCCUGAAAGGCAUUAAGGACAAUGUGACUCUAUUAACUGUUAUCUACAGCGCAUUACAAACGCUGUGUGUGCUGUAAUACAUCAAUAGGUGUUUCAGAAAAAUGCUUUUAAAGGGAAAUCACCUUUUACUUCCAAGAAAUGCUGUAAUUGGAAAAUGUAUUAUUAUUUGUGUAUAUUGACGAGAAUGUAAUGAUUGAGUGUGUGAUGCGUGUCUAUGGAAAAGUUGGUCCCUGCAUGCAGGAGAGCCGACAGAAAUCAUGCAAAAUGUAUAAGAUGGCUAAAAGAUGUACAGAGCUUACGCAGUGAGGACAUUUCAAUAAAUUCAGAUUGGUGGAAUAAAAUCACUUAUGAACAUGGACA